AUUAUAAUUAGGGUGUAACACAUCGUCAUUUAAGUGAUCAUUUAAGUGAAUUAGUUGAGACAACAUUAAAUGAUUUGGAAACAUCGAAAUGUAUUUCAAUUGAAGAUAGUAUUGAUCUAGCACCAUUAAAUCUUGGCAUGAUUUCAGCAUAUUAUUAUAUUCAAUAUAAUACAAUUGAAUUAUUUAGUUUAUCAUUAACAGCAAAAAUGAAAAUUCGUGGUUUACUCGAUGUCAUAAGUAAUGCUACAGAAUUUGAUGUUCUGCUGCCUGUACGACAUCAUGAAGAUAUUUUAUUACGUCAGUUAAGUACUAAAGUACCACAGAAAUUAGCACCGAAAGCUAAAUUCUCUAGUCCACAUGUUAAAGCGAAUUUGUUGCUGCAAGCUCAUUUAUCUCGUUUACAAUUACCGAAUGAAAUGCAAACCGAUACGGAUCGUUUAUUGGGUUGUACUAUACGUUUAAUUCAAGCUUGUGUUGAUGUCUUAUCCAGUAAUAGUUGGUUAGGUCCAGCAUUAGCUGCUAUGGAAUUAUCACAAAUGUGUACACAAGCUGUAUGGCAUAAAGAUUCCUACUUACGUCAGUUGCCACAUUUCACUAUGGAACGUAUACAGAAAUGUAAAGAGAAUAAAGUCGAGACUGUAUUUGAUUUCAUUGAAUUGGAAGAUGAUGAACGUAAUCAGCUGUUGGAUGGUUUAACACAAAAUCAAAUGGCUGAUGUAGCGAAAUUUUGUAAUCGUUAUCCAAAUAUUGAAAUUACCUAUGAAAUUAUUACAAACAAUGGUAAUAAUGCUUUGAAAACACCUGUACGAAC